AUGGUUGUGCACGCGGGCAGUCCGCAGAACCAGACAGGUCUGAGCUUCUUGCGUGAGGAGCGCUGUGUCUACACACGGGCACCAUCUCAUGCGCCUAGCUGUCACGACGGACGCGUCUAUGAGGUGGAUCUUUGCCAGAAGUUCCCGUGUACGGGGUCUCGGCUGCCCUGCGGAGCGCAGAUUCAGGCCUCAUAUCCGCAGGGCAUGGCCUUUCGCAAUGCCAGCGAGGUCAAGAGCCGGGCAGGGACGGGCCAGGCGUUCACCAGGACUUGUGCACCGCCGAGGCUGGUGGAGACGUUCGCCGAGACGCUUAUUGCAGGCGACCAGGUGCAGAUCAAAUGGAGCCAGCCAGUGCGCUUUGCACCGAGAGGCCGGUCCAAGCAGCAUCGCUUCAGUCUCUGCCACGCCGCUACGCAAGAAUUGGCCUGCCCCAUCGAGAACCAGGUCUUCGACGACGAGUCGAAGGUGUUUCCUUGUACCGGUCCUGGCGGCGACUGCGCCAUCUGGUCCGUCAAGGUGGAUCCGGCGAAGCUGCCAAGCUGCGGAGGCUUCAUUGUGACCGUCGAUGCUGGGGCCGUGGAGUCCGAGGAGGGGACCGGCACCAACGAGUACACCCAAGGGAAGAUCCAGUCGAAGCUCCGCUGCCCGAGGUGGAACGAAGGCAACGCGUGCAGCCUCGUGAAUUCCGACGGGCUGAGGAGCCAGUACAAUGCGACCCAUGUGAGUCCCACGCAGCUUCAGCUGCAGGUGGACAUGGACCACAUGCAAGUGGAGUACAACGUCCUGCCGCCGGACUUCAACUUCACGCUCAGGCGGAUGGCCUCCAAGAGCUACCUGCCCCGCUGUCUCAUCGUGUCACCGCUUCCAGAAUUUAAGGAGAUGCGGAGCUUCAGCGAGUCGCUCUUCGAGUAUGUCCGGCUUGGAGGUCAGCUGUACGUCUUGGGCAGCUCUGCCAAUGUUGAGAUCAUGUCCCAGGCCUUCAAUCUCAGCUUGGAGGCCGCCGAGACUGGCAAUGAGCAAGUGCGGACGAUGCCGGCGCCAAGUGAAGCAAUGGGUUUCGACAGCGGGCUGCCGACGACUCUGCCGGUCAUAAACCAAGUUCUGAGCUUGCGGAUGCCGAAGACGACCUCCAGCAGGGAUGGAGAGGACAUCUCCGUUUCCGGCAUCUAUAGCCGAGGCCAUGUGGUGCCAAGCGAAGGUUCAUUUGGCUUUGGAGUGUUUGAGGUCCGGGUGAGCUUCGGCUUCGCAGAAUACUUGGCCUUUGACUGGUCAGAGUCCUGGAUGUUAGGGUUUAUGGCUUAG